AACACAGAGCAGUAGCAAAAAUGGACAAAAAAGAGACGUCGGAGUUGCAACAACUGGUUUCCAGUGAUGCAGAGAACGAAGACAGCAUUGUGCAAGAUGAAACCAUACAGGACAGCAAAAUAGUGUCGCCUGUUAGAAGUAAUAUUAUUUCUUCGUCGGGCAAUACAAGCCAUAGUUCUGUAACGCGGACACACAGUAAAGGAAACAAUUUUGGCGGUAGUAAAAUACAGUAUGUUAACGAGAAAAAGAUUGUUAAAGAAGUGCAGAAAAAUGUCACUGCAAGGCCUAGAAAUGUACAUACAGACCCUAGCGCAUCCGUAAAACAUCAUUCUUUUUUGUCACAAGUGCCAGAUGUGAGGCAUAUGGAGAGAGCCUUAUUGGGGCUUCUGGAUGACUUCCAUUCGGGUAAGUUGAGAGCCUUUGGAAGCGGCUGUACGAUGGAACAAAUGACGAAUAUAAGAGAGCAGCAGGAAAAACUGGCAAAGCUGCAUUUUGACCUUGGAGCUGCAGCAGUCCCAAGUUUAAACGAGGAAAGUUUGCAGCGGCAAAAGAAUAAUAUGAGUCAGCUGAUACAGAGACUAGAACAGUUGAGUGUUUCUAUCGAGGGGCUGCACAAUAAUACAAAGAAGUAGGGACUUUUUUAGGAGAAAAUAAAACUAUUAAUUAAGGCUGUGUUUUAUAUAAAAUUGUUUAUUUAGUGGUUUAAGUUGUAAUAAAUAAUACAAAAAUCAGGUCCAUUGUUUUCUUUGUCUUAU